UUGCCCAGGCUGCUGAAUCCAAAAUGCAGUUGAUUGAUUGAUUCUUGCCAUCAUGACAAAAAGAGCACUUGUCUACUUCUCUCUCUAGGGUUGUGUAUUUAUUUAUGCCUACCCGCGCAUAGACCGUUUUCUCACUCUAAGAAAAGGUGUCAAGGAGCCAAAAGGAGUAUCAGCGGAUGCGGGGAGGAGCUCGCUCUUGUUAGGGAGCCAAUCGAGAGAUUACGGAGGACCGUUUUCGUAGGUCGAUCGGUUCAUUUGGUAAGUUGGUUGGAUCGGAGUGGAUUAACUGCUCAAUCAGUCGAUCGGUUUAUAGGUAGUUGGUAGAAGUAAACAGAAAUGUUCUUGGUGGAUUGGUUCUAUGGAGUCCUCGCAUCGCUGGGCCUGUGGCAGAAGGAGGCAAAAAUUCUGUUUUUAGGGCUGGAUAACGCUGGCAAGACCACUCUCCUUCAUAUGCUUAAAGACGAGAGAUUGGUACAACACCAGCCAACACAGUAUCCAACUUCAGAGGAGUUGAGUAUUGGGAAAAUCAAGUUCAAGGCUUUUGAUUUGGGAGGCCAUCAGAUUGCCCGUAGAGUUUGGAAAGAUUACUAUGCCAAGGUGGAUGCAGUUGUUUACUUAGUGGAUGCUUAUGAUAAGGAGAGGUUUGCAGAGUCGAAGAAGGAGCUCGAUGCACUCCUCUCUGAUGAGUCCUUGGCCAGUGUUCCAUUCUUGAUUUUGGGCAACAAGAUUGAUAUCCCUUAUGCCGCCUCUGAAGAUGAGUUGCGUUACCACAUGGGUUUGACGGGCAUCACUACCGGCAAGGGAAAAGUAAACCUAGCAGAUUCAAAUGUCCGUCCAAUUGAGGUAUUUAUGUGCAGCAUUGUUCGCAAAAUGGGUUACGGAGAUGGCUUCAAGUGGGUUUCUCAAUACAUUAACUAAAAUGCAAUAUGAAGAUAAUGCACUUUGAUGUUUCUGGAUCAGGUGUCUUUUCCCUCUUCUCAUGUUUUGCUAGGUUGAAUAGCAAAUGUUGUCUGUUUGAAUGCAUUGUCAGGUAAACUUAUCUUGUUGCCCAGUGGGAUUGACGUACAGCCAUAUCUUUGUGCUGUUUAAUGGAGUUUUGAUUAAUUGCUGAUUCCGAGUGGAUUACCAGAUAUCAGAAUAUAGGAUGUGAUGCUGUUAGAAAAGAUAGUAUUAUGUUGUUCUUACUGUUUCUUGAACGCAUUGAAGAUCCUUUUGCUAGCAUCUAUACAGAUAAAAUCUCUUCAAAUUCAACUA